UCUUCAACUCCGACCUUAUCCUUCAACCCCGACCUUACCCUUCAACCCCGACCUUACCCUUCAACUCCGACCUUACCCUUCAACUCCGACCUUACCCUUCAACUCCGACCUUAUCCUUCAACUCCGACCUUAUCCUUCAACCCCGACCUUAUCCUUCAACUCCGACCUUACCCUUCAACCCCGACCUUAUCCUUCAACCCCGACCUUAUCCUUCAACCCCGACCUUAUCCUUCAACCCCGACCUUAUCCUUCAACCCCGACCUUAUCCUUCAACCCCGACCUUACUCUUCAACCCUGACCUUAUCCUUCAACCCCGACCUUAUCCUUCAACCCCGACCUUACCCUUCAACCCCGACCUUACACUUCAACACCGACCUUACCCUUCAACCCCGACCUUACCCUUCAACCCCGACCUUACCCUUCAACCCCGACCUUACCCUUCAACCCCGACCUUACACUUCAACACCGACCUUACACUUCAACACCGACCUUACACUUCAACCCCGACCUUAUCCUUCAACCCCGACCUUAUCCUUCAACCCCGACCUUACCCUUCAACCCGACCUUAUCCUUCAACCCCGACCUUACCCUUCAACCCCGACCUUACACUUCAACACCGACCUUACCCUUCAACCCCGACCUUAUCCUUCAACCCCGACCUUACCCUUCAACCCCGACCUUAUCCUUCAACCCCGACCUUACCCUUCAACCCCGACCUUAUCCUUCAACCCCGACCUUAUCCUUCAACCCCGACCUUACCCUUCAACCCCGACCUUAUCCUUCAACCCCGACCUUACCCUUCAACCCCGACCUUAUCCUUCAACCCCGACCUUAUCCUUCAACCCCGACCUUACCCUUCAACCCCGACCUUAUCCUUCAACCCCGACCUUACCCUUCAACCCCGACCUUACACUUCAACACCGACCUUACCCUUCAACCCCGACCUUAUCCUUCAACCCCGACCUUACCCUUCAACCCCGACCUUACACUUCAACACCGACCUUACCCUUCAACCCCGACCUUACCCUUCAACCCCGACCUUACACUUCAACCCCGACCUUACCCUUCAACCCCGACCUUAUCCUUCAACCCCGACCUUACCCUUCAACACCGACCUUACACUUCAACACCGACCUUACCCUUCAACCCCGACCUUAUCCUUCAACCCCGACCUUACCCUUCAACCCCGACCUUACACUUCAACCCCGACCUUACCCUUCAACCCCGACCUUACCCUUCAACCCCGACCUUACACUUCAACCCCGACCUUACACUUCAACACCGACCUUACCCUUCAACCCCGACCUUAUCCUUCAACCCCGACCUUACCCUUCAACCCCGACCUUAUCCUUCAACCCCGACCUUAUCCUUCAACCCCGACCUUACCCUUCAACCCCGACCUUACACUUCAACCCCGACCUUACCCUUCAACCCCGACCUUACCCUUCAACCCCGACCUUACCCUUCAACCCCGACCUUACCCUUCAACCCCGACCUUACACUUCAACCCCGACCUUACACUUCAACCUGGCUAUUGUCCCGAACAAUCUUCAACUAUCGCCACAUUAUUCAACCAUUUGUCAAUUCCUGUUCCCAACUGA